AUGGCCCUGACCGACGAGACUGACCACAGUGGCGGGGUCAUUCUCGAUGGCCCCUUCGAUCCGGACGCGCAAGCCACUGUGACAGACUUCAUCGAUUACACCGAAAACCUUCCUGCGGAUAUCAUUCGUUCCCUCACCCUGGUCCGCGGCCUGGAGGACCGAUACCUCGACUCGGCGCAAGACGUCCACAGCCUGACCAGAAGCUAUGGCCAGCUUCCUUUCCUGGCCUCUGACCAGCGUCCGAGCGCGAUCAGUAUGCGCAAAGAUAUCUCCCGUCACCUGGACCGCGCGAUCAAUGCCCGCGAAUCUGCCUCCGCCGAGGCCAACCGAUUGUACGACGUCGUGGACCGCCAUUUCGACCGCCUGAGCUGUAUCCGACAGAAGCUGGAAGCCCUUCCUAAACCUCCAUCCAGAGAGCCAACGCCACUUCCAGAACCCACACCCAAGCGAGUACGCAAGGACAAGAAAGAGGGCGCGUCCACCACACGUAUCACCCUCCGGCUGGAUAACACCAAUCAGAACGGUAAGCGCAAGAAAUCUAGAUCACGCCGAUCGGGCAUCGCCGCAGAACAUCUAGUAGGCUUCAAUCCGGAUUCACCUAUCGCAAGCACAGAGCAGUCGGACGCGGAGGGAGAGUUGGACAUUCCACCCAAGCCGGUCAAAGCGCCGAAGAAGGAAAAGCCGCGCCGACCCAGCUCAGGCGUAGCGGUCUCGACGAGCAAUGCUCUUGCACUGCUAAAGCCACCACCAGAGGAUGCCAAGAUUGGCAGUGAGGAUCUGCCAUGGAUGCGACUCACCGAGUGGGAGAUGACCAAACUGCGCAAGAAAAUGAAGAAAAAUGCCGUAUGGCAGCCUAGUGAUAUCAUGAUUCAGCGUGAGUUGGUGCUUUCCGGCCGUGGGUUAGAAGCCUACCGGGUCGCGAAAGCGUUGGCUAGGGAGAAUGGGACUGCAUUCAUCGAUUGUGAUGCAGAGGAGAACAACCGCAUUGAUGCGGCUGCUAAGGACACCGACGGGAGCACCCAAACGAGCAAUCGUGGGAUGAAGUUGAACGAAGCCAAGAAACAGAAACGUGAGGCGGCGGCCAGAGAGGCGGCGGCCAACGGCGGAGAGAUUCCGACCCCAAGCAAGCUCAUUGUCAGCUCCAAUCAACCCACCCCAGCUAGUCGAUCUUCACGAAAGCGCAAACGGGAUGAGGCUGCUGGCGGGAAAGUGAAAGAAGCCGUCGCUGCUCCGGUUCCACGUGCAGUCCCUGCUCCCGUUGUCACUGAAGCCGUGGCUCCCAAACCCGAACCCGUGCCCCAAGCCGAGCCGGAACCCGUAGUUGCAACUGCACCUGUCUUGACUUCGUCAAAGUCGCGCCGGAAGUCCAGCCGAGGAGGGAAUGCUAACGGUGGGGUAGAUGCAGCUGCAGCUGUUGCGCCAAUCAAGACACAAAUGUCACCCGCCGCCGAGGUCAAAGCCUCUCCUCCACCUUCCCCAACUGGAUCACGUCGCUCGACAAGAUCAGCGGCACAGCCUGCGGCUACACCCACUCCCCCAGCCACUAGACCCUCGUCAAGACGCUCCGCUGCUGCUGCAUCCAUUGAGCUGGGAGGUCUGGGAGCAGCUCCAACCCCCGCGGUCACUGGUGGACGGGACUUGCGUAUCAAAAGCGCAACUCCAGCCCGCAAGACUCCCGUUAGAGAACCCUCUCGGGCACCCAGUGUUCCUGGACUCAAUCGCAAGCGCAAGCGCCCUGCUCCAGGGCCCGUUUCUUCUGGCCAAGAUGGCGGCGCUGCUGUUAGCUACGGACGUCGCAAAGCGAAGCCAGGCAAGAAACGCAUCAACGUUAGCAACUCACAGGAUAUCCGGGUGGACGAAGACGGGGUUUUGGAGGAGAUUGAUGCCAAUGAGCCACGUUACUGCCUGUGCGGAGAUGUGAGUUUCGGCACGAUGAUUUGCUGCGAGAACCAAGAUUGCGAAUAUGUGUGGUUCCAUCUCGAGUGCGUUGGGCUUUCGGAAGUUCCUUCACGCACCGCUAAGUGGUAUUGUCCCGAGUGUCGGGUUAAGUUCGACAAGGGACCGGAUGGAAUCGUGAAGGGUGGAUCUCGGCGUUGA